CAGAGAUUGAUCAUGAACGUCCCUUAUUACAAAACAUCUUGCAGAUCCAUUUGAUCAGAAUCCGGCGGCCAGGACCGACUACACACGAGAACCCACUUAUUUUAGUAUCUCGCCUGUCAGGAACAUGCAUACCUUAUGAACAUAUAAAUGCUGGCUCAUGCCAGCAGUUGGACUCCCGCAGCCCCUUUGGAUUUCAGCGGAUCGCACACUACCACCACUACUCCAAUGUACACUCCAAGCACUCUCAAGCCAGCUGAAGUGGCCGUUGCUCUGGUUGAGCAAGCUGUAGCCAAGCACAACACGCGGUUGGACAAGACCUUCUUCAAGGCGGUUCUUGCCGGUGUUAUGUUGUCCUUCGGUGGACUCCUUGAUCUCAUCAUUAGUGGUGGGUCUGCAGGUCUGACAGCUUCGAACCCUGGAAUUGUCAAGGUCCUCGGCGGUCUCGUAUUCCCUGUCGGACUCGUUAUGAUUGUGCUCCAAGGUCUUGAUCUGCUCACGAGCAAUCUCAUGAUCUUUCCCAUGGCUGUAAUGAAAAGAGCGAUUCCCUGGUGGAGCAUACCCGUCAACUGGAUUGUCGUCUUUUUCGGAAAUCUUGUUGGCAGUUUGUUCUUUGCAGCAAUCCUUGCGAAAUACGACGGACUCAUGGUAGAUGAUCCAUAUGCCUCAUACGUAAGGACAUUCGCUAUUACGAAAGCUAUCACACCUGGCUGGUAUCAGAUUUUCCUUCGCGGCAUUGGUUGUAACUGGCUUGUUUGCAUAGCCGUUUGGCAAGGAGCAGGGGCCAGAGAUACUCUUUCGAAGAUUGUCUCUGUCUGGUUCCCCAUCUUUGUCUUCGUGGCUUGCGGGUUCGACCACGUUAUCGCAAAUAUGUUUUCACUUUCGCUGAGCAUUAUGCUUCACUCUGAGCUUACGACCGACCUGUACAUUCGCAAGUCGUUGAUUGCGUCUUUGAUUGGCAACAUCAUCGGAGCUCUCUUCGUGGGUUUGCCAGCUGUGUAUUUCUAUCUUGGUGACUGGCAUGCCGACUCGGAUGGCAUGCGUGAUGUCGAGGAGGCCCGCAUAGAGCGCAAAACCUCGGCGCCUAGUGACUCAGAAAAGACCGCAUAGGCGGGCGAACACUGGGACACUCCUCAUUUCUCAUGCUUUGGACGACUAUCUAUGAAUACAUGCCAGGCAGCAUGAUUGACGGAGAAUCCUGGAGAUACGACUCAAACUACUGGAACGAAACGCGCUCAAUUCAUUCUCAGACGAUCCUCUACGGGUGGGUAUACGAUGGGAGAGGUUGGAGUGUAUGUGUCAUGAAACAUCGCAUUGUACACAGUUGUAGGGAGAGGCAGACGGAACGGAUCGUAAGAUAAUGUAUUGGACGAGUAUCGCAAGUAUUUAGCUUGCGGUAUGUCGAAAUUUUGGAUGUUUUGUGUACUCUACAGGAACUAUUAUUGCGUGUUGCCUGCACCACUAA